AUGCUGAGGAAUGCCAAAGCCUCGGACUCCGACGUCCCCGCAUUAGACGUGGCACUAUCCGUCCUGUUGCUCGACGGCGUGCGCGGGCUCGCGGCGCUCAUGGUCUGCACGUCGCACUCGAAGGAGUACAUGGUCGACAUCGACCUGGGCGCCAUCGCCGUAGACGCGUUCUUCGUGCUCUCUUCGUUCCUGUUGACUUGGCUCUUCAUGAAGAAGAGCAUCCGACUGUUAGCCCAGCGCGCGAGCGUCCGCAAGUGGAUGUUCACGCUGGCCGACUACUUCUCCAAGCGCUUCUGUCGAGUCUACCCGCUGUUCGCACUCACGAGCGUCGUGAUCUGGCUGCUGCCCGCUGACGCCAAGAAGCGCUACUACUUGAUCGAGAAACCCGAGAGCUUCGACCUCUUCAAGGUGCUCCCGUUCGAGUUCGACUACCGGUACUUUGUGUUCUGGACGCUGCCGCUCCAGAUCACGUACUACUUCUUCAUCCCAGUGUUCGUGCUCGGAGUGCUCGCGCUGGGUCACUUCUGGUUCGUCCCGUUCCUCCCGGCGUACUACUGGAUCGUCAACGAAGGCUGGUACCAGUUCAGAACGAGCCACAUGGAGCUGCGUCCCCACUUCCCGACUUUCGUCGCCGGUUCCAUGGCUGCGGUCAUUUUCGUCAAGAUCGACACGUGGAUCAAGACGACGGGCUUCGAGUUCCGUCGGUGGCACGUGCUCGCAAUCCGUGUCGUCGAGUACAUCACAUUUGCAGUGUUCCUGAGCAUCACAUUCCACGGCCUGUUCUUCCACUGGGUGCAUAAGAACCCGGCCCCGAACGAGAAGGGGUUUUCGUUUAUCAGUGUCCCGCUGACGCUGCUCUUCGUGAUCGAGAUGAUCCUGCCGUCCUGCAUCAGCUUCUCCGUGUACCUGCUGCACAGCUUCGUGUCGUACGCGUACGUGAUCGGCUCGCAGCCGAACUGGUACGACAAGGUGUUCUCCCGCUUCGGGUUGAUUUUGCUGCUGUCGACGAUCUCCUACCACUUGGUCGAGUAUCCGUCCCAGUUGCUGUCCCAGCGAAUCACCAAGGCGUUGGCCGAGCAGGAGAAGAAGGGCUCCGGCGGAGCUUCGGCCUGCAUGGGAGGGUGGCCCAACCCGGCCCGAGUGCUAGCGAACCGAGUGGCCUGGGCCCAGGAGGCCAAGUCCUCGGCCGUCAUCAAGACGGUGCUCCGGAUCAGAAGCAGCUCAAUGUCGCUGGUGCAGGGCAAGCCCCACGAGUCCACGGCGUGA